AGGAUUCAUCAACAGCCUUUUGUCCAUAGAUAUGCUUUUGCCUUUCCGUAGAACGCUUUUUACGUCAUCAGAGCGAGACAGCAACCAAAGCGGCAUGGAAGGAAAGAACUGACCUUCAUUCCAUUAUAUUCAUUAUAAUUCUAACUGUAUUCCCUCAUAUUCAUUAUAAUUCCAACUAUAUUUUCUGCAUUACCUAUAACGACACUUACUAGGCAGGUUCUGAAACCUUCAUCAUGUCUGUGAAGAGUGUGUCAGUCCAUGCCAAAUGGAUCGUAGGAAAGGUUAUUGGUACCAAAAUGCAGAAAACUGCCAAAGUCAGAGUCACCAGGCUGGUUCUGGAUCAAUAUCUUCUCAAGUAUUACAAUAAGAGGAAGACCUACUUUGCACACGACCCACUUGAGCAGUGCACUGUGGGAGAUGUUGUUCUUUUAAAAGCUCUAGCAGAAAGGAGGGCAAAGCUCGUAACCCACGAACUGGCUGAAAUUGUGUAUAAAGUGGGAAACGUCAUAGAUCCUCUGACUGGGAAGCAGGUUGCUGGAAGCUUGUUCCGAGAAACUCUCACAGACUCGAUGGAGAACCCUGCUGGAUCUUUAACAGAGAAGCUACAGGAAUUAAACAUCUCAGCUGCUACAAGUGAAAUCCUACAGAAACCCUCUGAAGUCUGACUUGCCUCUGAAACUUUUUUGUACUCUGUGUAAACUCAAUAUUUUCUGUAUAUUCUGUUUAAUAAAAGUAAGUGUCAUAUUGCUGAGUCUUUUUUGUAUACAUACUAUUAAAUAAAACAUGAACCACUGCAACUUUUUAUUUCUA